AUGAAGGUUCCUCAACUCCUCCCUGCGGUCCUCCUCGCGGCUGGAGCUGUCAACGGCCAUGGAAUGUGGCAGAAGAUCAAGGUCAAUGGUCAAGAUCAAGGCCAAAAUGUCGGUAUCAGGCCUUCGUCGUCGAACAAUCCUGUUCAGAAUGUCAACGGCAACGAAAUAGCAUGCAACACAAAUCUGUUAAAUCCAGUGUCGAACAAGGUUAUUCAGGUUCCUGCUGGAGCCCAAAUGUCCGCCUGGUUCCAACAUGUCAUUGGCGGCCCUCAAUUUGCAAAUGAUCCCGAUAACCCGAUUGCACCAUCUCACAAGGGGCCAAUUAGUGUCUAUAUGGCAAAGGUGGACAAUGCUGGAACUGCUUCCGCCUAUAACUCUUACUCGUGGUUCAAGAUCGCAGAAGAGGGCCUCAACACUGGUUCAGGCAAAUGGGCAGUUGACACCAUGAUUGGCAACCAGGGCUGGUGGGAUUUCACCAUGCCAUCGUGUAUUGCUCCAGGUCAAUAUCUUAUGCGUGUAGAGCUCCUUGCCCUUCAUUCAGCAUACAGUGCAGGUGGUGCUCAGUUCUACAUGUCAUGCGCGAACAUCGAAGUCACCGGCUCAGGAACCAAGACCGGUUCCAAUCUCGUCAAAUUCCCUGGCGCAUAUCCAUCCAACGACGCCGGAAUCGUUAUCAACAUCUACAGCGGAACUCCGAGUCUCCCCAACAACGGAGGCAAGGCAUACAAGAUCCCAGGUCCCCCUAAACUGACUUGCUAA